CGCGAUAGUAUUCGCGCAAGUGCUGUAUUGUAGUGUAAACAGAUAGAUGCAAUUUUUCCUGACAGUUGGAUGCGAGUUGACCUGCGAGCUCUUACGCGAGCCAGUGUCACAGAUUGUUGCUACAGUAAGAGUAAGUAAUUUAUUUACAUUUGACAUCACCGAAUGCAAUUUCAACUCAAGCAAGUAGUUAGUUCCAAGACAGCGUCAGUCUGUUUUUAACCAUGCCACAAUCCAGACGUGCUAAAACUGCUGCUGCACUUCUUGUAGCGGAAUAUUGGUUUCGAAAAGAAGAACGAAAAAGGAAAAAGAGGAAGAUCUGGGUUAGAGAAUGGAUUGAGAGAAGAAACGAGUUAGGAGCAUUUAAAAGUUUAGUUAAUGAGUUAAGAAUAGAAGAUUCGCAACAGUUUAGGAAUUUUAUUCGGAUGUCUAGUACAGAGCUGGAAGAUCUGCUGUUUAUUGUUGGGCCGAAGAUCCAAAAACAAGAUACCGUUUUGAGGGAAUUAAUAUCAGCAAGCGAGAAGUUGAUGGUUACUCUACGCUUCCUUGCUACUGGUGAUUCAUAUAAUUCUUUGAUGUAUCUAUUCAGAAUCCCAGCUUGUACCAUAAGUAUAGUCGUACCAGAAGUCUGUAAAGCAAUAUUUGAUACCCUCAAAGAAACUUUGCUGAAGGUAAGUUUAUUACUAUUGUACUUGCUUCUAAAUUGUGUGAAAACAUUGCUGUUCAACAUUACUAACUUCUAUUACAAAAUAAGGGUUUGUAUUUGUAACACGAUAACAUUACAUUGAUCGAAGUCAAACAUGCGGAGACAGUCAUACUUGUGAGAAUAUGUAAUA